AACAAAUUUGGGAAAAAUGUUGUUUCUGAAAUAAACGAUUCAUUUAUUAAAGAUCAUCGAAUUUAUUUAACAUAACCUGAACGCGACUAAACAUGGAAGCUUAAAUUCCCGGAUGUACUAAAAUUGCUAUAAUAACUUUUAAACGUAACGGCGUUUUAUUCCAAAUCGCAUUUAACAAAGAUCAUCGAUUAAAAACGAAGAGCUUUACAAAAUUAAAAAUUUUAUCAGAAAAGAAUAACAUUUUCAAUUAAAUUAUGAGUUGGUUACAUUGCAAUAAAUGUGGAGUUCAAAAAUCUUCAAAUAACACUGUGAAAUUUUUUUGUGGAUUUUGUAAUCAUGUGCUUUGUGCUAAAUGCAAUAAAAUAUCAAAAGUUUGUCCAUUCGACAAACGUCCUUUCAAUGGCGUCGAAAUAAAUGCAUCAAUGCCCCAAGAAAUGCGCAUCUUCUUUGAAGACCCAGAUGAAUUGGUUACGUUUUGGCAAGAUGUCAUAAGAUUUCAGUCCGAACAACGUGAUUCGUUUGAGUCGUUUGGAUUUCUUGCAAAUACUGAACAUAUAGAUCGGAAGGAGUCCGAUCAGUCUGUUCAUUCGGUAUCAUUGAAUAGAACAGCUUCAACUUCUGCAAUGAGUCUUAAUGAGUCAAGUCUUCAAGAGGAUUCAGGAGACUCGUAAAUUCUCUUUUUUUUUUUUACAGUCAAUAUGGAUUUUCAAAGUAUCUACAAACCGGAUGGGAUACUAUAAUUUUUUUUCUAUUGUCAAUCAAUCAUUAUGUUUAAUUAUGUUAAAUAAUAUUCAAAUGAAAAAUAAAUUAUGAAUACAAAAAAAGCAUUGUCGUCUAUGUGUUCCAAAUGACCUACCCAUCGCACUCGCUGUGUCUUUACUUAAUUGAGAGUGUCUUUGUACACAAACGAUACAGUUCGUUGUUGUUUCUCCUUCUCCCAUCAGCCAUCAACAUCAAUUCAC